AUGCCUCCUCAGAUGCCUUGCUCUUCCAUUUUCUUCAGCGGCGCCGUGGCUGGCAGCCUGUUCGCCCAAGCAGCGCUUGCCUACACGGUGGUCCAGAUCCCGUCCCCCUUCAUGACCAAGAACAUCGACCCGAUCGUGUUCCCGGGAGCCUUUGACAAGUCGCACCUGCACUCCUUCUUUGGCGCCGACGCCGUCACCGCCACGACCAGCACCACCGCCCAGCUGCAGGACUCGUGCACAAACGCCGAGAACCCAAACGACCUCUCCAUCUACUGGGUCCCGACGCUCCUAUACACAAAGGACGGCGGCAAGACCCACGAGCCCGUGCCCGUGUCCCGCUUCAGCGCCUACUACAACCUGGGCGAGACCGAAGCCCAGACCGCCAUCCCGCAGGACCUCAAGAUGGUGGCGGGCAACGCCACGGCAAAGUCGGCGGCCGAGAUGCCGGCCGACGCAAAGAUUGCCUGGUUCUGCGAGUCCGAGGCCAACCCGCCACCGGCGGACAAGAACGGCUUCCCCUCAAAGACGUGCACCACGCACCUGCAGCACGUCAUCUUCUUCCCCAACUGCGUCGACAGCGCCACCCUCAAGACGGCGUACAAGUCAAAGAGCGCCGGGACCGCAAACGGCUGCCCCGAGGGCAUGCUCAGCAUGCCGCAGCUGCGCUUCAGCAUCCGCUACGACCUGCGCAGGGUCCUGCCGGGCGGCUGGGACGGCGAGGCCCCCGUGCGCCAGGCCUGCGGCGAGAACGUCUUUUGCUCGCACGGCGACUUCAUCAACGGCUGGUCCAAGGAGGCGGCCGAGAACAUGAUCGGCACCACCAAGGAGAAGUACCACUUCGCCGCUGUCGAGGGCGACCGCAAGAAGAAGGACUGCAAGCAGCGCGACGCCGAUCCCACCCACGGGACCAGCGACUUUGCCGAGAGCGUCAAGCUGAUGAGCAAGCGAUCCGUAGAGACCGUGGGAUGGACUUCGCGCAGCAGGAUGAUGAGGAUCUGA